AUGGUCAUGGCACUCAGGUGGAUCCCUCUGGUCUUCUGUCUUGGACUGGUAAGUACAAGCCUUCACAUUUAUUCUGUGUAGUACUGACAUUGACCUCUUAUUAAGACUAUGAAUUCUCUUUAUUGAUUGAUGAAUGUACAUUCUGACAUAUAUUUACCAGGCAGCAGCAAAGCUGUCAGGUGAUACAGGUAAGUCACAAUCUUUUUCAUGUAACUCUCUGUCACAUGGUAAAAAAAACAAACAAAUUAUUGGAUAUAAAUUACAUUGAGGACCCUAUGAGGUUACUUUAAGUAAAAUAAAUUUCCCUGCAAAUUCUGGAUCACUUGAUCUUCUGACAAUUGCAAAAUUUAAAUACUGUCCACUAAGCAUUACCUGACUGCACUCUGUGUUCUUGUGUUUGUAUUUGUAUCUGUACACUAGCUCACUGAAGGAAGAUCUGCUGACUUACUGACUUACUUCUACGAAUUUAAGAAAUUAUGUCAAAUGAAAACAGCAUUUCAUAGCAUACAUCCCAGACUUGCAAAACUCAUUCAUGUUCAUGCAGCUGGGUUCAUAGCAACAUUAAAUCAAUGAAUCAGAUACUGUAGUUUUGUGACAAAUCUGGCCUGUAACAAUUUGUUCUUUAUCUACAGAAAUAGACGUUGACAAGGGCCGUGACUGGGAUAUCCUUAACGUCAACGAAGGUUUGUGUGCUUGAUUGUAAAAUUAUGCAACAGUAAGUCUAAAUACUUGCAUCUACCAAUACCAUGUUUCUUUGCAGCUGCUGGGCUAGACCUGCUGGAGGGAGACAUCGAACAAGAUGAGGUAAAAUCAUUUAAAAAGACCCCUAAAACCAAAAAGUGCUCCCAUUUUGAAAACUGUAUCUCAUUUAUGCUAUCUAAUUUAGACUGCAGCCUUGUUUUUGAGUGUUCUUUCUGGUGAUAAAACAUUUUUACACACACAUACAUUGCCCCUGCUCAUUAUCCUCUACAAAGAAAGAAAGAAAGUAUUCAUUUUUGGGCUCCGUACACAGGCAUCCUCUGUGGACCCCUACCAACACUGACAGCCAUUUAUUCAGCAACCUCAUGGGCCUGUAUUACAUUAGGGCCCCCUGAGCUCAUUUCUACUUUUAUCCUGAACUGAGGCUCCUGUUGAUGAGGAUAUGGUCAUUAUUCUGGGAGCAGGAACACCUUGAUGUUCUUGUUUUACAAGUUAAAUAAUCAGCUGGUUGAUGAUGAAUUGGAAUCAAACACAAGCCUUGUUCAAUAUCAAGUAUAUUCACAUUACCUUGAGCUAGAACCAUAUGUUGUGCUUAUAAUAAUGAAUUUGAAUUUUGAUGUCUGCAAUGUGAAGUCAGUUUACUUAAUUUGGAAUUAUGCACUCAAUGCACAUGCAAAAUCGGAUUAUUUAUAUAUAAUUAACACUCAAAAACAUAAUUUAAUGUUAAUAAACAUUUUAUCUGUGUUUGCAACAGGUGUAAACUGCUAACAAAUGUCAAAAACAAGCAAUAUUAAAUGUGUUAAUUUUAUGAACAAUGGAAAAAAAAUCAAUUUAAGCAUCAACAAGGUGUUGUAAGUGGCUUAUUGACAAAAAUGGCCUUAGUACAAUAUUUUGCCAGUUUAAAUCAGUAAGUGGUAAUUGGAUACUCAUAAAAAAUAAAACUGAAAUGUUCUGGGGCCACAUAAUAUAAAGGAAUGCCAUAACAGGGAAGAGAUUGAAAGCAUCCAAAUACUCCAAUAUUGCCCUGGUUUUAAAAAAGAACGGGCCAAAAGUCCAUUAUUUUUGUAUGGCAGCCUAGUAAAGCCAGCAGUUGCAGUAACUCAAAGUUACAACACUUUAUAGGAAAAUCAAAUUUGUGCUCAACUAUUUCCAUCAGACAUUCAGCAGAAACUCCAUCUUGGGUGAUGAGUAUCGCUGGCCAACCACCAUUCCCUACUACCUUGAGAACAACUUGGGUAAGACACUGUGCAAAACUGAGGCUCAUAUUCACAGUCAUAUUACAGUCACAGUCAUUCACAGUCUUGUACUUAUAUACCUAUGCUUUUCAUGUUUUUCCUGUGUCUCACAAUUUGUAAUGUGUAGAAAUGAAUGCAAAGGGAGUGAUCCUGAAGGCGUUCGAGCAGUACAGACUGAAGACCUGCAUCGACUUCACACCAUGGAGGGGAGAGCAGAACUACAUCUCUGUGUACAAAGGGAGUGGGUGAGCCAACUCUGAACAGCUCCUGUGACUUACACUUUCACAUUGCUCUGCCUAAUUUUUUAGUUUCUUGCCUGGAAAUGGAUUUCUCUUUUAUUCCUGAUAAAUUGAAUAGCAGGCUGAUUACCCUCAAAGACACCAUGGCUUUAAAGACCACUGUAACUUGCAUCUUGCUUCCUCUCUCUGUAGAUGUUCCUCUUCUGUUGGAAACCAGCACAUGGGAAGGCAGCGGCUCUCCAUUGGUAAAAACUGCGAUCGCCUGGGAACUGUUGAGCAUGAGUUCCUGCAUGCUUUGGGCUUCUGGCAUGAGCAGUCAAGAGCUGACCGGGAUGAUUAUGUCCAGAUCAUGUGGGAUCGCAUUGAACCUGGUAACACUGUCACAUACAAACUGUAACUUCAUGUAAUAUAACACUGCUGGAAAAUGUGUAAAACAAUUGAAAAAUGUUUCUGAUGUUUUAUUUUUCUGUCCAGGCAAAGAGCAUAACUUCAAGACACGAGACGACACAGUGUCUAGUGCCCUGGGUGUUCCCUAUGACUACGGCUCAGUGAUGCAUUACAGCAAGUCAUCUUUUAACAUCGCCUCUGAUCCCUCUAUCAUCACCAAGAUCCCCAAGUUCAUGAAUGUGAUUGGUCAGAGAAUGGGCUUCAGUGCCAGUGACCUGACAAAACUGAACCGUCUCUACAACUGCAGUGAGUCAUCUCAGCCUUUUAUUUCAUUUUUUUAAAAAGUGGAUCACAUAAGGAACAACAUGGUACAGACCAUUAAGUACUGAACUUUUUAACCUAAUAGAGGACACGGAUAGAGGCUUCUAACAUCACCUGCCCAAGAGCAUGUAAUAGAUCACAGUAAACACAGAUGUUUAUAGCUGAUUGCAGUCAACGUUCAAAAAUCAUUCAUAAAGUUUCCCCUGAUACAAUAAAGCAAAAGUUCUUACAUGGCCAACAAGUUAAUAAGUGCUUUGCUAACCUGUAUGACACAAACUACCAUGUAAAAGUCAGCCUGUCGGACUGCUGGUGCUGUCCAAUAAAACCGUGCAAGAUAGAUCUGAAUACUACAUACACCAAAAUAUAACUAACCCAUGCAAAACUGGCUUUCACUGACACCCAAAAAAACAUGAAGCAAGUAUGAUGUAAAAGGGGAAGAGUAAUAUUCAAAUGUACUGAGGUUUGAACCUGCCCAUAGCAGUCAUAGUAUGGACAUCAUACAUCACAUCCCAUACUUGAUUGGAUGACAUGGAACUUUGUUGAUUCUUUUGGGAAUUCCAGCAACAUUAGUAUGUACAGAAGAAAAAAACAGAAAGGUUGAAUAAAGCCUUUGAGUGUUAAUAUGUUUGUUAAUAGCCAUCAAUAUCAAACCAGCUCAUAAAAUGUGAAAGUUUGUUUGUUUCUGUUUCAACAAGAUAGGUCGGAGUUGAUCUGGCACAAAUUGACAAUAAUGUGUGAGGCUAAUCUUGGUCAAUAAUUAUAUGUUAUUAGCUUUCAACAAUAAACAGUGAUCAAGUAGUCUCUUAAUAGACCUUGGUAAUAGACCUAUUGGAUAACAUAUUGAUCAAAGGUUCCAGAUUAAAAUCUAUAAAAAAGGUUAUGUUCUUCAAGUAAUCAUUAUGUAAUACAAGGGGAGUGAACUCUUUAACAUAUGAUUCCUUUAUUAAAUGACUACAAGAGCACAGCAAGAAUCUUAAAAAACAUAUAAAUAUAUCUGCCCAAACAGCAGGUCAGAUUCUUGUGUAGUUGCUAAAGGAAUUUACCCUGUUGCCUCCAGAUGUUAUAUCAGGAUGAGUGACACCAAUCAACUGAAAUUACUCCACCUUUUCAACAAAAACAGGAGUUUUUAAGAUUAUAUCUAUGACUGACAGUUGUUGAUGGCUUUACCUCUGAGCAUUUUACCAAGGAUGUUACCCUUUCUCCUAUUCUUACCCACAGACCAACAGGUAGAGCAACAAACAAAAGAAAGUUCUGCAAAUUGUACUUUAAUUUCCUUAAGCUCUGGUUAGUAGUUCUGCAUAUUUUGCAGUAAGGGUUGAAAUAACAAAAAUGAAAAACUGACUUGGGGAUAUAAUGAAACAUAUAAUGCUGCUGUAAUUGUUACAUCAGAAGUGUGUACUGACACAAAAUCCUAUUUGAGAUAUGACGGUUUCUUAUGCAACACCCUAAUCAGUCUAUGAUUGAUUUUUAAAUGACUUAACCCAUUGAAUGUGUUAUUUAUGCAAAAAUCAAAUGUAGUAAACCACAUUUUCACAACUCUACAGGUAAAAGAAAAAAUAAACAGUAAAUCAAAGACUCUUCAUGAAAUAAUACAGCUGUUUUGUUUUUGUUUUUAUCUCCACAGCCAAGUCGUCUACCUUUGUGGACAGCUGUGACUUUGAGGAGGACAACGUCUGUGGGAUGAUUCAGGGUCCUGGAAACAGACACUGGCAGCAGCUUAGCUCUGUUAGUGGAGGGCCUCAGACUGACUUCUCCAACAUGGGACAAUGCAAAGGUAGGGUCUGUAUUUGCCGUUCAAAUAGCUAGUUGCUGGAUGAUAAAUCUGGAAUCUAAAACCUUUAUUUUUAAAUAAAUGACUCAAGUGGUUCUGGAUAUUCCCCCUAUGAUGGCGACAGUUGAACAUUUUUUAUGACUGCAGACUGUACACAUUAAUAUCUCUAUGUAGUUGCUCAUUUAACAGUUAUAUAAAAAAGCUGAUAUCCUUAUCUUAUCCAUUUGAAGUCUAAGGAUAUUUCAAAGUAAAGGUUCCCUGUACAAGGUACAGACCAGCAGUAAAACAGACUGAUGACAGUUUGAAGUCUCAAGCUAAAUACUAAUUUAUUACAUAUUAUCUAUCAGUGGUGAUUCCAUUGAUUGUUUUAAAAAAGCUAAGACAUAUCUGUGUAAAUUAUGGCUCAAACAUCCUUCAGUUGUGUCUUUCCCUCCUCACAGGAAAAGGUUUCUUCAUGCACUUCAGCACAGUGUCUGCUGAACCUGGAGACCAUGCAUUUCUGGAGAGCCGUUGGCUUUACCCCAAACCUGGAGCCCAGUGUCUGCAGUUCUUCCUUCAUAACAGCGGUGCAAGUGAUGAUGUUCUUAAUAUCUGGGUACGAGAGUAUGACCAGGAAAACCCCAGUGGUAGAAUGAAGCUCUCUAAGAGUAUCUCAGGUAAUAAAUGUGAAAUAACAUGCAUAUGCCAGAAUUAACUGUAAGGAAUUUACCCCUUCAUGACUACAGUGGCUCCACAUAGCACUUUGACUGCAUUAAUAUUUACCAGGGUUUGUUUUCAACCAGUUCAAGUAAACAAAAUUUGAUCAAAGUUAUUUAGAGAUUUUAACCGUGACCACCAGAAACCAGUACGUCAUCUUUGUAGGUGGAGUCAUGGGCUCCUGGGAACUGCACAACAUCGAGCUGGAUGUGAAAAACAAGUCCCGUGUGGUCUUUGAAGGAGUACGGGGAAAUGGUCCAUCCACAGGAGGUUUCUCCUUGGAUGACAUUAAUCUGUCAUCCACCAAGUGUCCUCAGCACAUCUGGCACAUCCGCAACUUAACCCGCUUGAUGGACACCACACCAGUAGGAAGUAAACUUUACAGCCCUCGAUUCCUGUCACCAUCAGGAUACUCAUUCCAGGUAUGUGGUACACUUAUAUUUCAUCCCCUCAAUUUUAAAUGUAUAAAUAUGUUAAUAUGUUAAUAUGCUAGCUAACUUUUUAUCAAAACAUCUGCAGCUGUUCUUGUCUGUUCAACGUAUGGGUAUGUCACUGUUUGUGUAUUUUGUCCUAGGGGGGAGGGAAGUCUCUGGGCCUCACCUUAGCUUUAAAUUUCUAUCAAAUAAGUACAUACUUUUUUCUUUCUUCUCUUUUUUUUCCCUCCUUUUCCUAUUUCUCCUCUCCUUACUACUCAGAUUUACCACUCAGGCUUUGACUCGAGGACACGGGGUACUGCCAUUCUAAUUCAUAAAAAUGUUCAUUUUACUAAAAAAGAUAUUAUCUCCGACCCCUGUGGCCGUUACAUUAUGGUUUCAGGUUGUCUCUUUAAUACCCCAGUGCUCUUGGUAAACAUUUAUGCCCCAAACUGGGAUGAUGAAGCUUUUAUUAAUAAGAUUAUCUCCCACCUGCCUGAUCUGAACUCUUACCAUUAGAUUUUUGGAGGUGAUACAAAUUGCACCAUGGACCAAGUCUUAGAUCGAUCAAGUACAAAGAAAAAAGCUAUUUCCAAGAUGGCGAAGGCUAUAUCUUCAUUCAUGAGUGAAGUAGGUUGUAUGGAUGUUUGGCGUUUUAAGUUUCCUGACAAGAAAAUCUUUUCUUUUUUCUCUAAAGUACAUAAAACGUUCACUAGAAUUGACUACUUAUUCAUCGAUAAAUUUUUCUUACCCUCGGUUAAAUUCGUUGACUAUUCAGCUAUCGUAGUUUCAGACCACACCCCCUUACUGCUUGACCUUGAUUUUUCAAAUUUAAACAAAACCCGUCCACUUGGAGACUAAAUUCCGUAUUACUAAAAGACCCUAAUUUUAGCACAUUUAUUGCCAAUAAAAUUGAUGAAUUCAUCUCAAAUAAUAACUCUGAUACUGUCUCUCCAUCUUUACUUUGGGAAACCCUAAAGGCUGUAAUCAGGGGGGACAUUAUAUCAUAUUGCUCCAAAAAGAAUAAAUUAAAGAAAAAACAACAAGAUCAGUUAAUUGAAGGUAUUAAAAGGUUGGAUAAUGAUUACUCAGUAUCUCCUUCCCCUGAAACAUAAAGAGAGGCUAAGUUUACAGAUGCAAUAUGAUUUGCUUACUACAGAGAAAACAGAAAAUACGUUAAUGCGUUCAAGGGGCCUCAUGUACGAACACGGUGAGAAGGCAGGCCGAUUACUAUCCCAUCAACUCAAGAAAGAGAGUGCUGCAAGAAACAUUCCCCAAAUUAAGAACUCAGAUGGCUUAUGUACAGUUAUUCCGACAGAAAUUAAUAACACUUUUAGAACCUUUUAUUCCGAUCUGUAUACUACUCGGUUCCCUGUGAACAUUUCCGAUAUGAUGAGCUUCCUUGGGGACCUCCAGUUUCCGAUUCUUCACGCUGAAAAAUAUGAGACUUUAGAACAGCCUUUAAGCUUGAAGGAGAUUGAAGACUCAAUUUUAGCAAUGCAAAAUGGGAAGGCUCCUGGCCCAGACGGCUAUCCAGUUGAAUUUUAUAAAAUAUUUUCUAAUAAACUAGCUCCACUCCUGUUGAAAAUGUACACUGACUCUCUUGGAAAGGGCCUCCUACCUCAAACACUCACAAAAGCAUCAAUUUCGCUUAUCCUAAAACCGGACAAAGACCCACUGAACUGUGGUUCAUACCGGCCCAUAUCUCUUCUAAAUGCUGACUACAAGAUUCUUGUGAAAAUAUUAGCUUCAUGUAUGGAGACAGUCAUUAGUGACAUAAUCUCGACAGACCAGACUGGUUUUAUCAGAGACCGUCAUUCCUCAUCCAAUAUUCGUUGUCUCCUCAAUGUUAUUCUCUCUCCUGCAUCCUCGUGGACCCCCGAGGUGGUGGUCUCCUUGGACGCAGAGAAGGCGUUUGAGAUGGUGGAGUGGAGUUACUUACUAGAGGUUCUCAAGAAGUUUGGUCUUGGUCCUAGGAUGAUCUUUCUUAUCUCACUUCUCUACUCGGCCCCUAAGGCUUCGGUCAGUACCAAUGGAAUGAAUUCCCAGAUGUUUACACUCUCUAGAGCAGGCAUGUCAAACAUACGGCCCGCGGGCCGGACCCGGCCCGUUGGAUGAUUUAAUCCGGCUCGGCAUAAAUUUCUGAGUAUGUCAAAAAAAGAAGCGAGUCUCUAGCUCAUUUCUAUCAAAAGUUAUGAUUUUUUAAAAUAAAUACAAACCAAAUGCUCCCUCCGGCCGCGGGAGGGCAGUAAAUGUGUACUGUCAAUUUCAUCAGAGCGCGCGGUCUAAAUCACCGUCAAUUUGACACAUUUCUCAGUGAUAAUGACAUUCAUGUUGGCCUACCAUACCACACUGACGUGCGGUGGUUAAGCAGAGGUGCAGUACUCAAGCGCUUCUUUGAGCUACGAGGGGAAAUCGGACAGUUCAUGGAGAAGAAGGGACGCCCAGUAAAGGAAAUUAAAUGCAAGGAAUGGGUGCAGGAUCUUGCGUUUAUGGUUGAUAUGACACAACACUUGAAUACACUUAACACUACAUUGCAGGGCCGUAACAGAGUUAUCACUCAAUAUUACGACAGCAUAAGUGCGUUCAAGAUGAAACUGUCACUGUGGGAGACGCAGCUAUCCAACGGUGACACAGCGCAUUUCUCUUGUCUCACAGCUGUGCGUCCGGAGGCACCGGACCGUCCCGAUAAUGAUUUGGAAAAAUAUAAAGACAACAUAACAGAUUUGCUGCGAGAGUUUGAGCAGAGGUUUCAGGUAUUCAGUGCACUUGAGAACAAAUUUGGCUUUUUUCGUUCGCCAUUUACAGUGAAGCCUUCUGAUAUGCCAGCUGACAUUCAACUUGAGCUUAUUGACUUGCAGUGCGAUUCCGCUAUGAAGGAUAAAUUUGGGUCCGUGGGAUUGGAUACGUUUUAUCAAUAUCUCGUGCCAGGUUACCCCAAAUUAACAGCCAUGGCUGCAAAGGUUCUAUCCAUGUUUGGGACUACUUAUCUUUGUGAACAGGUGUUCUCCGUAAUGGACAAUAAUAAAACAAAGCAGCGCUCAAGGUUAACAAAUAAACACUUGAAUGACAUUGUUAAAUUUGCUGCUACUCAGGAUCUGACACCUAAUAUCGAUACACUUGUGAAGGCAAAAAGAUCCCAAGUUUCAGGAGCCAGCAGCAGCAAAUAGACUGCAGGAGUGCAAUGAGAGAGAGAGAAAGUGUGAUGACACGAAAUUUGUUUACACUCAUGAAUACAGAUCAUUAAAAAUACGAUUAAUCUGGUUUCAUAUUAAAGACAAUUAAUAUUGUGCAGUAUAUUCUCAGCUUCAGUAGGCCCAGCCUAGUAGUUUGAUCUGAUGUAGUCUGAUCUUAUUGCCCAUGCACUGCUAUAACUUUUAUUUUGUAUUUCUUUUCUUAUUUAUUUCAAAGCAGUAUGACAAUUAAGGCGAAAAUAUUUUUUUCAUAGCUCCCACUUGAGUUUGUUUAGUGUGGUGAGUUGGUUCAGGUGUAAAACUGCAUUCACUUAACUGUUAAAAUAAACCCGUUGUUAACACAUUCACCGCCUAACAUGAAAUCAUUUUUUUUCCAUUGUUUGUGAAUAAAUGUGUUGUGCAUAGAAAAGAUCCCUUGUCAUCCGUGAUUAUAAUAUGUAGGGUAGGCUACAAAUGUAGGCUGAAUGAUAAAGCAUAGUAUUGAAAAACAAAGCUAAAUAUUUGGAGUUGGCAUUCUUUUACUGAUCCGGCCCACCUGAGAACACAAAGUCUGGAUCCGGCCCCAGAGCCAAACUGAGUUUGACAUGCCUGCUCUAGAGGCUGCAGACAAGGUUGCCCAGCAAGCCCCCUACUGUUCGCCCUGGCAAUCGUACCUCUCUCUAUUGCCCUGAAAUCAGCUCCCUUCUGCCAGGGUAUUCGCAGGUGGGGAUUGGAAUAUAAAGUCUCUCUGUAUGCAGAUGACUUAUUAAUAUAGAUAUCAGACCCAGUUUCCUCAGUUCCAGAGAUCAUCCAAUUGUUGAAUAGAUUUGGUACUUUUUCGGGUUGCAGAUUAAACUUUAAUAAAAGUGAAUGCUUUCCAAUAAACGACUUGGCUCGCAAAAUUCCAAGCAAUUCACUGCCAUUUCGUACCUCUGAGAUUGGGCUUAAAUAUCUGGGGGUACUUAUCCGUAGAUCGCUAGAUGAUUUGUUUAGAGAUAAUAUCUUACCCCUUGUUGAGAAACUAAAAGUAGAUUUACACAGGUGGGGACUUAUCAAUAUCUCACUGGCAGGGAGAGUAAAUUGUAUUAAGAUGAACGUGUUUCCCUGUUUUUUGUAUUUAUUUCAAGCCUUACCAGUCUUUAUUCCUAGAUCCUUUUUUUGUAAACUUGACUCAUUGUUGUCCUCAUUUAUCUGGGGGGACAAACCCUCAAGAAUAAAGAGAGAAUAUCUACAAAGAUCUAGGGCCGAAGGUGGUCUUGCGCUCCCUAAUUUUAAGUUUUACUAUUGGGCUGCUAACAUUUCUAAGAUAAUUUGCUGGUCCCAACACUCUGAUUUAGAUUGGUGUAAAAUUGAAGCCAACUCAUGUCUUAACACAUCUUUACUAGCCUUAACUACUACCAAAUUACCUAUUUUACCUAAAUGUCACUCAGCUAACCCAAUUGUUGGGAGUACCUUGCAGAUAUGGUCUCAAUUUAGAACCUUUUUCGGCCUCCGUGAACUAUCUCUCUUCAGUCCUAUUUAUAAUAAUCAUCUAUUUGCCCCCUCAAGGACAGAUCCAAGCUACUUGACGUGGCACAGACUGGGCCUCUCUAGGCUAUCAGAUCUCUAUAUUGACGGGAUUUUUGCAAAUUUUAGAGAACUAGCCAGUAAAUAUGAACUUCCGAAUUCCCACCUUUUAGAUUUUUUCAAAUUCGUGACUUUGUUAAAACUCACAACCCUUCAUUCCCUAAUAAGCCUCCUAGUUCUGGAAUGGAACCUAUUCUAGAUGCUCCUGGUCAAUUAAAAAGACUUUUGUCCUUUGUCUACAAUGUAAUCUCUUCUUUAAGAGCAACUACUGUAGACGGGAUCAGAUCGGGCUGGGAGGAAGAGUUUGGAGAACCAAUCGCAGAUGACACUUGCAAGCGGGCACAGACUCUAGUGAAUGGCAGUGCCUCGUGUGCCCGACUCAGCCUGAUACAACUGAAGGUCUUUCAUCGUUCCCAUUAUAGCAAAGCCAAAUUGGCUAGAAUAUACCCCACCCUGGAUGAUACCUGUGACAAAUGUCACUUAUCCCAUGCAGAUUUAACUCAUAUGUUUUGGGCUUGCCCCCGUAUACAGACAUACUGGAUUGACAUAUUUAGACAUUUAUCUCAAAUGUUUAACAUUAAUCUGCAACCCAAUCCAGAAUCAGCUAUUUUUGGGGUGCUGCCCAGAGAAUUAACUUAUAAUAGAACAACUCAAAAUGGUAUUGCUUUUCUGACACUGCUGGCACGGAGGAAAAUCCUGCUAGAGUGGAAGUCUCCACACGCCCCCCAAUCACACUCUUGGCUGAAAGAUGUGAUGGCUUAUUUAAAAUUAGAGAAAAUCAAAUUUGAUUUACGGGGGUCACCAGGUGGUUUCACGUCCCCCUGGAUCCCCAUUAUAAAUUACUUAACACAACUUGAUAACUCUUUGAGAUCUGAGACUGCGCCCCCCCCACCUCCGUCGCAUGCCACUCUGUCUCUAAACUUUCUCUUACCUUUUUUUCUUGACCCUUUGUCUUACUUUACUUACUAAAUUGCUCACUUAUUAUUGCUGUUUCUCUAUUUUUUUUUUUUUUUUUUGGGGGGGGGGACUAAAGGAAGAUACACACAUGAUAACCAUUCUUUUUGCUUUUUGAACAUGUACUGUACAUUAAGACUAUCUAUGUACUGUCUUUGCAGUGGGUGAAGGUGGGAAGGACCAGAGACUUGGGAGGUAGGGGGGAGGGAGGGUGAGAGGGAAUGCUUGAUGUUCACUGUUAAAUGUUUGACCCAAACUUUGUCCUUUUGCUGUACCAAAUUCUGAGCCUUAGAGCUGUGUGUGUAUGUCGUGUUCGGACUGUUGUCGUUUUUUUCUAUUGGAAAAAGAAAAAACGAUACAUGAACAUUUGAAAUAUUACACUCUGCCUUUCUACUCAUGUUGAAUAAAAACUAAUUAUAAAAAUAAAAAAAAAAAACAUCUGCAGCUCAAGUCUAAUCAUAAACACACCAUUUCAGAAAGAUUUAGUUCAAAGUUUUUGAUUUUGAAGAUUUUGAAAUCCAUAGACUACAACUGUUCAGCAUGUUUACUGUUGCUGAGAAAUAACUGGAUAUUCUUUUUACCAGGGAGGCAUGACGCAAAUCAUUUAUUACAAGUUUUUGUUUAAAAAGCUGUCAUGCACCAAGACUGACAAACUGAGCAGAUUCAUAUGCUGAGGCAAAAAUUUUAGAAUUGCAAGAUAGUAACACAGUAAGAUAAGAUACUCCUUUAUUAGUUCCACAAGGGGAAAUUCCCAUUUAAUGGCAGUGCAAUAGAGUGGUUGGCUACUUUUUACUAGUUGCUUUCUUCAUUUUGACCAUGAUCUCUUUGGUCUGUAGGUGGGUGUGUAUCUUAAUGGAAGAAGUGACCGCCCAGGCUACAUGGGCACCUACUUCCAUCUGACUUCAGGCCCAAAUGACCACAACCUUAAGUGGCCGUGCCCGUGGCAAAUGGGGACUAUGGCCCUGAUGGAUCAGCAGUCUGAUGUCAGACAGCAGAUGAACAUGCACCGCAUGGUCACCACAGACCCCAACAAGAUGUCGUCUGAUGGUAUGGACCUGUUCUGCCAAAUAGUGUAAUAGAUUAAUGAGAGGAGAUAAUCAUUCAACUCUCACAAUAUUUUAACUCUGACCAUGAACAUUUUCAAAAACCCAACCAUGUUGGAUUUUGAGCAUUAAUACAGCCACGUGAUUGGCUAUUAGGAUGUAACUAAUAGGCAGAGGCUGCACUACAGAGAGCCAAUCAGUCCUAACUGAUCUCAUUCACAUUCCUUAAGCUAUGCUAAGUGCAUGUGGUUUGGUCUGGUGAGUACUGCAUUAUACUGCAAGCCCUCUGAUUGAUGUCAGUCAUCACUUUCAAUUCAGAGAAAACUGACUUCCCCACUGAGCUACAGCUACUCAGGAGAAAACCACGAUUGAGGUCAAAUAAAAGGAAUUCAUCCAAGUGGACUUUUACUUUGGAUGAGAGCAGAAAUUUCUCUUACUUUUGGGUGAAAAAAGGGUCCUUGCAGAAAGUCCUCAUAGCAGAUUUAUAGAAAGUGUACAUGCUCUGAAUGACAGCUAGUCACAGCAGAGAAGAACAGGAUUUAACUGAUAUGAACCAAGUUUGGUGAGACAUACUUGAAGGGUGUCUUAUUCAUUUUCUAACACUACAGCCAGUCUUCAUAUUUGUUAAACUGGAUUUUUCCCCCAACAGGAAGUGAGUACUACUGGGAUGACCCCAGAAAGGUGGGCUCUAAAGUGACCUCAUCAGAUGGCAGCUCUUACUAUCGAGGCCCAGGUCAGGGGACAAGCACCUUCAUCACCCACAGCAGACUGAAGAGCAGAAACUACAUCAAAGGCGAUGAUGCUUUCUUCCUCCUCAGUCUGGAAGGUGUGGAGUCUCUCAGACACAGGAUAGGACCAGGACUUUAA